UGCAGUUCAGUUUAGAAACACACCGACCAGGAAGUCUUAAAACAUGAUGUAACGUCUUCUCAUGUUAUGUUUGCAGGCUGCACGCACACUAUGUGACUUGUUUCAAAAUGAGUAAGAGGAAAGGCAAAGGGGUCAGUGACGUGUCAGCUGUCAAGAGGCGCAGCGUGACGGCUGAUCUGAAGCACCAGAGACCUUCCCCCAGCAGAGGCGCUCCCUCCUCCACAGGAGAUAUCGGCCUCAUUGAGAGCAUCACUCUGAAGAACUUCAUGUGUCACCAUUGGCUCGGUCCGUUCCAGUUUGGGCCCAAUGUGAAUUUCAUCGUCGGCAACAAUGGAAGUGGAAAAAGUGCAAUCCUGACUGCUCUGAUUGUGGGCCUCGGUGGAAAGGCCACCGUCACAAACAGAGGAAUGUCUCUGAAGGAUUUUGUGAAAACCAGUGAGAACACUGCAGAUAUCACGGUAAAGCUGAGAAACAGAGGACAAGAUGCUUUUAAACGGGACGUCUACGGCGACUGCAUCUCCAUCGAGCACCGCAUCUCCAGUGAUGGAUGCCGGACCUGCAGACUCAAGAACAAGUCAGGACAACUUGUCUCAAACAAGAAGGAGGAGCUGACCGCCAUUUUGGACCACUUUAACAUCCAGUUGGAUAACCCCGUGUCCAUUCUCAACCAAGAAAUGAGUAAACAGUUCCUGCAUUCAAAGAGUGAAUCCGACAAGUAUAAGUUCUUCAUGAAAGCAACUCUGCUGGAACAGAUGAAGAGAGAUUACAUCCACAUCAAGCAGACCAAAACAGUUACACGACAGCAGGUUGAGAGACAAGAGGAGUCUCUCAAGGACCUGAAGCAAGAGUUUCUCCAGAAGAAAGAGAGGUAUGAAAAGUGGCCGUCCUUCAGUGAGAUGAAGGUGGUUUUGGAGAAUCUGAAGAAAGCAAUGGCAUGGUGUUUGGUCAGAGAGAAGGAGCAGCUUGUGCAGCAGUUACAAGAGGACGUUGAAAAGGAUGCGAACAAUCCCAAACAUCAGGACAACCUUCAGCUCUGUCAGUCUGAGGUCACACAAGUAGAGAAGAUGCUUCAGUGCAUCAAAAGCAGGGUUGACAGCAAGAGACAGGAACAGGAGUCUCUGUCUGAAGACAAUCUGAGGUUGAAAGAGCAAGUGAAGGUUGUCAGCAAAGCUCACAAGGAACAGGAGCUUGUUUAUUUCCGAGCUCUGAACAAACUCAAACAGUCAGAGAAGGAGCAAGACCUUCUUCAGGAAAGAAUUAAUAAGGCAAAAACAAGUGUAAGCCUUGACAACGAUGUAGACACGGAGUAUACAAAACAGCAGAAGAAAAUAUCCAGUCUGAAGGAGCAGCUUGCAGAGCUUGAAACAAAGGGCUCAAAGCUGAAUCAGGAGAUCAAGAACAAACAUCAGGCACUUUUCACAGGAAGGGAAGAGCGGGACAAGCUGAGAUUGGAGGAACGAAACAUCCAGGUCAUGUACGAGUCCAAACUGAGGAGGAAAAAUCAGAUCCUCGCCAGUCGGACAAACAAACUGAAGCGGUUUGGAGAUCAGGUACCCGACCUGCUGGGUUCCAUCGCUGAGGCGUACGCCACAGGGCGCUUUCUCAAGAGACCUGUUGGUCCAAUAGGGGCAUGCAUCAGUUUGAAGGAUCCCAUGUUGGCCGUGGCCGUGGAGUGCUGUCUGCGGAGCUUCAUGAAAGCUUUCUGCUGUGACAACUACAAGGACGAGGCGGUCCUCCAGGAGCUGAUGUGUAGCUACUAUCCAAAGGGCAACAGGCCGCAGCUCAUCGUCAGCCGUUUCUCUGAAAAAGUUUACAACAUUCAAGGACGGAAAGCACAUCAUCCAGAAUAUCCGUCCGUGCUGGACAUAAUCACAGCAACAAGCCCGGUCAUCAUCAACUGCCUGAUUGAUAUGAGGGCGAUAGAGUCAAUUCUCAUUAUCAAAGAAAAAGACAAAGCGAGGAGGGUCAUGCAGCAAGGCCGGCCUCCUAAAAACUGCCGUGAAGCCUUCACUGCUGAGGGAGAUCAGGUGUUUUCAAACCGUUAUUACACCUCCGACUUCAGCAUGGCCAAGUAUCUCGGCGGGGAUCUCGAGACUGAAAUAAGUAUGUUGGAGUCAGACCUGGAGAAUCACCAGGCUCAGCUGUCCAGGUUUCAGCUCCACGUGACCUCUGUGACCGAGGACAUCAUCAGCAUGGAGAACAAUCUGAACAACACCAUCAUGACCCUGAAGAAGACUCUGGUCUCUGUGAAUCAAGUCAAGGCAUCAAUAACUGAGCUGGAGACUGCUGGCGAGGAGCACAUCGAUGACAUCAGCUCCUUGGAAGAAGUCGCCCAGGAGAACCGACAGAAGAUCGAGGCAGAAAAGCAGACUGUUUAUGAGGCGAAGACGGAGCUCGACAAGCAUCAGAGAGCAGCAGAGGACACCGAGUCCAAGUACUCUGCUGUUAGAGAACGGAUUGAUCAGCUUUCUGACGACAUGGAAGCGUUAAAGGAUGAGCAGCUGAUGCUGGAUGCUGAGUGUGCAAAACAUGAUCGAACCCUUAAGAUUUUGGAAACCAAACUGAAGGCUCAUGAUGACAACAUUCAAGCUAUGAACAUUGACCUCGCUGAAAGAGAAGAAGAGUUACAGGAAUAUGUGGCCAAAGCCACCGAGAUCAGCCCCGAGCGGCAGCAUGUGACCGGCAGCACCAGAAGCAUCGACACCGAAAUCACUCGGCUGAAGAAGAAAAUCAAGGUGUUCGAGAGCAACCAUGGCGAGCAGGAGCAGGUGGUCAGGGAGUACGCUGAGGCCCUCACUCUCUACAGAGAGAAAACCAACCAAGUGAGAGGUCUGCAGAGGUUCAUCGAUCAACUCGAUAACAUCAUGUCAGACAGGCAGAACAGAUACAAGACAAUGCGUAGGUCACUCUCUGUCAGAUGUAAGUUAUACUUCAAUAACUUUCUGACAAAGAUGAACUGCUGUGGCUCUAUGGUUUUUGAUCACAACAAUGAGACACUCUCAAUCUCGGUGAAGCCUCCGGGCAGAGAGGACGAUGGUGUGAGCGACAUGAGGUCGCUGUCUGGGGGUGAACGCUCCUUCUCCACCGUUUGCUUCAUGCUCUCUCUGUGGGAGAUCACCGAAUCGCCCUUCAGAUGCCUCGAUGAGUUCGACGUCUACAUGGUGAGCGCACAGAAUCAUCAGAAACACACACGUUUUUGUAUAAAAAUAUGCAUCGACCUUUGGCUUUCACUCACUUCGAUUAAAUCUUUCGUAGGAUAUGCACAAUCGCAGAAUCUCUCUGGAUCUCCUCCUGGAGCUGUCAGAGCGGCAGCACCUUCGACAGUUCGUCUUCAUCACUCCCCUCACCACCAGCAAUCUGCCCAAAACCAGCCUCAUCAAAAUCCACCAGCUUCAGGAUCCUGAAAGAGUUCGUAGCGAAACGAUGGAUGAAGAUGUUUGAGCUGAGCUCCAGUGUCAGAAACAUUGAAAGAGAUGAGGAUGAAUGUGCAUGUGCACGGUCGAUGUAUAUUUCAGUAUUGCUUUGUGUGUUCGGGAGUUGUAAAUGUAAUUUGUUUGCUGUGAUAAAUUCUUGAAUGUGUCGUGUCAUUCCUGUUAUGCAGCCUAUAAAAGCCUAUUCAAGAACGUUUGAGUAUUUUAUAUUUUUAUGGAUUAUAGCCCUUGUAUGUACCAAAAAAAUGUCAGUUAAGUUUUAAAAAAAAAAAGCUGUUUUAAUGUGCAUUAUUCUGUAUUUAUGUGAUGAAAUAUACCGUAGUCUUUAAUGUUAUAAAUAUUAGACACAUUCUGAAGAAAACACGAGGAAGUGAUUCAUGGGGACAGAAGUGUUGCUGCAUAACAGGAAUGACCCUUUUAUGAAGUGUAGUAAUUGUGUUAUUACAAUAUGUGUUGCCUUUAACGUGUUAUUGAUUUGAUAUUUAUUGUUUUUUUCACUCUGAAGGCUCUGCUGCCACCAACUCUGAGGACAUUUAAGAUUUGGUGUGUUUGGGUGUGAAGACCAGUACUGCCUCUAGGGACCGCUAGCGAGAUUCUCACUCUUUGUAUUACUAUUCUUAAUAUGUAUCAUCCAUUAUAUCAUUUUGGGCAUCUCAAUAACAUAUUAAUUUCAGUUAUGAGUGGAAGUUUUUUUUAAAUGUUUUAAUGAUAUUUUUGUGUAGUCUUACCUCAGGAGUCAGUGUUAAUAUUUAUAAUAAAUUUGCUCCUGGAGUCGAUCAUAUUUGGGCUCUGUGACAUAAACAUGUACACUCUCCAGUUCUCUGAAAACCACUCAUGUAGCAGCUGUUUACUGUAACUGCUGUGAAAAUCAUGGCCAUUGUUACAAUAAAAUUUUGAAUUAUCCAAA